AGUUGCGGAAAGCACCCCAAUUGUGGCAGAGGACUGGCUCUUGUUUAACGUUCUGUUGCCAACCAGGCAGAAAUGUGAACAUCUCAUAUCGCUAGAAGAGGAUGGACAUGAGAGCUGCUGCACAGUGGAGUCAAGGUGGAGGAUGUAAGAGUCAGCUUGAUUGACAUGACCACUGAGUGUUGUGGCAAUGGUGUCAUGACUCCAGUGAUAUGGAUGGUCACCUGGUUACUACAGGCACAUUCAGUUAUGUGUGAUCUGCCUGCCCCAGUCAAUGUGACUCUCUCCUCCAGACAUUUUGUCCACCAGCUGAGGUGGGAUCCAGGCCCUGGGUCCCCCAGGGAUGUGUACUACCGCGUGAUGGUUCGCUCUGACAGGGCUGUCCAGUCUUGGGAGGUGGUGGCUGGUUGUGAGCACGUGGAGUCCCCACUGGUGUGUAACCUGACUAAAGCAUUCUCAAGCCACAGUCGCACCUACUACAACCAUGUGUACGCUGUGUCUGGGAACCAAGUCUCACCCCCGGCCAACCAAAGCGGCUUUAAACCCAUCGCUGACACCCUCCUGGAUUCGCCCGUGGUGAGUGUUAAGGCCUGUGGCAGCACUCUGUGUGUGGACCUGAGGCCUCCUGUGGACGGCCUGUGGGAUGUCUACAACAUGUUCCGCUACAGUUUAAGCAUCAGCAGCAGCAGACAUGGAGCUAAGUACUCUGAGAACAUAAAUUCUCUGAAAGAAAAGAUUCUAGAGAACCUGGCUCCAGGCAGAGAGUACUGUGUCUCCGUCAGAAUAAUAGAUAGCGAGGAGAGACGCAACAAGAACUCAUCCUACAGCCAACCACACUGUGCCGUAACUGCUGCCAACUACAACGCAGACACAGAGAUCUCAGUGGUUUUGUGUUUGCUCGUGUUGUCUGGGCUGUUUACUACUACCCUAUUGUUCCGCACUGGAUUCAUCUGUCUGAGACAACACCUUCCAGAAGUACUGAGCUCAAUACAACACCGCGAGGAGAACCUACAUCCAGCACCCUAUGAUGAGGAACCAUUUCCCUUAGUGCAUCUAGUGCCACCAUCGCCCCCCUCAGGAAGCACUGGGAAGGACAGUGAGAGUGAGGAAGAAAGUGAGGCAGAGACAGAGCGAAGCAGUGGGGGAGGACAAGGAUACAAGACACGAGGGAUCACUGCUGGUCUGACCUCUCGUAACCCCCUCUCUUCCUCUAGAACAGAGAUGUUCCUACACCCCUAUCUAAGCACCCUCUCUCCGGCAUAUCCCACUGCCACAUCCACAGACACUCAGACCACCGCUGAGACACAGCCCAAGCGCCCUCACUUUCCUCUCUUCAUAACCAGCGACCAACAGCCUGAAUCUCUGCUCAGACCUGACGGCCUCUCAAUGUCCCUAUCAAACAACCAUCCACUGCCUAGACCCUUACAAACCAGUCAGCUUACAGAGCCAGCUCAAUGUGCCUCACGGGGACAGGACUUGAGCUUGAGUCUCUCCUCAGAGAGAGACACAGGGAAUGCAGAGGGAUUACAUCCGGAGGAGGAGGAGAGCUGCCUGGAUAUCAACCUGCUGUCUGUAACCCUAGGUAGUAGACAUGAGGAGACGAAGAGGCAGAGAGAGAUGGUGGAACCAGAACACCUCUCUCUGGGGGAGCCCCCUGAGCCCACCACUCCCUUCCUGCCCACAGAGCCUGCCAUAACACAGACGUACACAGCUACGUCUGAGGAAGAUGAGGAGUAUUCUGGUUACAUGAGGCGAUGAGAGAAGUAAUUGCUUGCACAAUUAACCAACUAUCCAUUCCAUUUUUUUUGCCAGGAGUUUUUUUUAUUUGUUAAUGAAACCCCAUAUGGUGCUGACUAGUGGACAUUGUGUACUCUUCUGGCAUAAAUACCACAGUCUUCCCAAGGUAGCCUGAAGUGGCUUCCUUGUCCUUCAUUUUUGUUAUUAACCUUUAUUUAACUAGGCAAGUCGGUUAAGAACAAAUUCUUAUUUACAAUGACCGUCUACCGGGGAACAGUGGGUUAACUGCCUUGUUCAGGGGCAGAACGACAGAUUUUUACCUUGUCAGCUCGGGGAUUCGAUCCAGCAACCUUUUGGUUACUAGUCCAACGCUCGAACCACUAGGCUACCUGCCGCCCCUUUAUCUGCAUUAGGUGAAAAUAACUUUAUCUCUCCACUAUAUUGCUUUGACUUUUCUUGUAUUUUCAGACCAGUUCAAAUUUAAAAGAGAAGAGCCAAUGUAUUUGCCUGACUGCCCAGACUGCUUGCUCCGGCCAUAUGCUACGCCACGCCCACGGACAUUCGUUAUUUUCUCCGCAAUGAGUCUGGAUCCGAGUACCUCCCCGAUGAUUUCUAGAAUGUAAACACACUCUAGCCGUUCUGAUUGGUCCCAGAAACUGAUGGAUUGGACCAGAGCCAGAACACACAUGGAUAAAGCUGCAUUUAGAAAAUGUGUCAUUGGGUUUCAUACUCUGAUUGGUUAGAGAUGAUCCAAUCGCUGAUGACUUUGUUUUGUACAACUCCCCUCAUUUUGAUGUCAGUUUCAGACUGAAGUAUGUAGCGAACGACAGAACAGCGGAAGUAUUUAGUUUGAGUCCUCGGCCAACCAAUAGUAUUGAAUAUGGACUAUACUAAAUUAUUGCAGUUUUUAAAGUAUUUAGAAUGAUGUUUUUUUUACAUCAUUAAAUUGUUAAAGUACAAAUUACCUCAGCGGGGUUCUCAAGUUGCUAACUUGAACGUGAGAGCCAUUAUCAAAAGUUACAUUUGGUUUACAAGUACUUUGGAGUUAUACUGUAUUAUCGAUGUUCACAGACGGCAUUAGCCAGUAGUACUAAUGCCAACGGGCAAACGUCAAGGGCAUCACUGAACAAGCUAUACAACACAGUAUUCUGUACUUAUUCACAAGUUUAAGGUCAACAUACUUUUUAGUGUUUAUGCGAUCAUCGUAGUAGUACUUGCUUUUUGCUAUACUGUAAGAAACACUUUUACAUAUUCAGGAAAAAGUAAUCAUUUUGAAGUGUGUAUUAUACAAAUUUUGCAAUCAACGUUUAUCGGUAAAAUAAAUGUAAUAUUUGUCAACGCCAAUUUUUUUUCUGGGUCUUAGACUUUUUUUAUCCUUAUUAAUUUUGUAUGUAAUAAAAUAUUUUUCUACCAUCUUAA